UAGCCCUGUAGGCGGAUGUAAAUUUUGACAGUAGUGACAGCCGAGGUUACGAUAUGGUAGGAAACCGUGUGAAAAUAAGUGCGGCUGGUGUAUUGCCCUUUCCAGUACCAGGGGAUGAAAUUAAGAUUUCUGGAAUAGCUGAAGGAUUUCAAAAUUCAGAAGACCACAAGAAACUCCAAGAAAAUCUCUUCAACGGAGUGGAUCUGGUCGACGAUGAUGGUCACCGGUGGAUAUCAGAUGAUUACUUCAUAAUUGGUAUGCGAAACGAAGGAAAGACGUAACAAAGAAAGCGAUUGCAGAUAUUGGACCAACAAUAAAACUUUCUAAUCGAUAAAUUUGAAGAACAGAAAAAAAGAAACAACCGCCGCCUUUUCAAAGUGUACAUUAGUAACUCAAAAAUGUAUAGUGGAACGGCAAUAUGUCGAUGAUACAACACAUCCGAGUCAAAAUUUGACGUCAAUUACAUACAUAACGCUAGAACGGCGAAUUUAAUUGAUACUUGUAAUCAAAAAAGAUGAAAAAAAAUUGUCUUCUGAACCGUAUGAGAAGUUCAAGAAAUUGCAUCAAUUGAUCGUUACGCGUCUGCACACGUGGUUGGUGAUAACUGUAUUUUUCAGGAGGACAUCGUGUCAUUCCAAUUCGCUCCAGCAGUACCAUUCGUGAACUUGAAAUAAUGUUAAACGAUCAUGUUCAACAAACCGACAAAGUACCGUUGCUCUAAUUGUUUGCAAAGUAGCGCGGGUCAUUGGGUGAAUUGGAAAUAUGACGCAAUCGCGAGGAAAAUUCAAAUCGAUUCCACAGCUCGUUUGAAGUGGUAUCAGAAGACGAUCGCAUGCAAUGUACCUCAUUUAUAAUGCUCGCUCUGAACACCUCAUAUGAAUAAUUCGAAUCGGAUGGAGGAAAGAAGGAGUGGGUUAUAUAAAUACGACUGUGAGAAUUCAGGAUUCAAUUCAGUCCAAGUAUUUGAAAAGUCACCGAUCAAAAUACCACUAUAACUAGUGAGUGAAGCGAAAUGUUGAAAAAAAAUAAAACGGUAUGCAAACGGACUGAAUUGCCCUUUCCGGAACCGGGCGAUGAAGUGGUGAUAUCCGGAAUCGCCGGAAGAUUUCCAGAAUCGAAUAAUGUAAAGGAAUUAGAGGGAAAUCUUUUCAGCAAGAAGGAUCUCAUCACUGACGAUGGUCGCCGAUGGAAAUUAGACCAUCCAGAUAUACCCCAAAGAACUGGUAAAGUGUACGAUGUGGAUAAGUUCGAUAAUAAAUUCUUCAAAAUCUCUGCCGAAGAAGCAAAUUGUAUGGAUCCGGUAGCUAGAAUACUUUUGGAACACACCUAUGAAGCUUUAAUUGAUGCUGGGGUCAAUCCGAGAAAACUUCGAGGAACGAGGACAGGAGUUUACCUCGGUACCUGCUACUCUGAGACCGAAAAAAUCUUGCUCUAUGCAGAUCAGCCGAAAGGAUACGGAGCGAUGGGCUGCAGCCGAUUUAUGAUGGCAAAUCGAAUCUCGCAGUGGCUGGAUAUAACUGGACCCAGCUACGCCACGGACACGGCAUGCAGUUCGAGUCUUUACGUAUUAGAUCACGCAUUUAGGGCAAUCAGAAGUGGAGAAUGCGAAGCUGCCAUCGUCGGGGGAGCCAACUUGUGUCUUCAUCCUUACGUGUCUAUGCAAUUCUAUCUCCUUGGCGUGCUAGCCGCUGACGGAUCCUGUAAGUCAUUUGAUAAUAGUGGCAAUGGCUAUUGCCGAAGUGAAGCUAUUUCCGUGGUAUAUCUGCAGAAAGCCAAAGAUGCCAAACGUAUUCACGCCCGAAUAGUUUACACGAAAACGAAUUGCGAUGGUUUCAAAGAAGAAGGCAUUACCUUUCCCUCAAAUAUAGUUCAACGGCAGCUACUUCAGGAAUUUUACGAAGAGUGCCAAAUCCCGCCGUCCAGUAUAGCAUACGUGGAAGCACAUGGAACCGGAACUAAGGUGGGUGAUCCUGUAGAAGUGGAUGCUAUUGACCAGGUAUUCAGCCCUGGCAGAACGAAGCCAUUACGAAUUGGUUCUAUCAAGUCGAAUUUGGGGCAUUCCGAACCAGCAAGUGGCCUGUGUUCGAUCGCAAAGAUCAUCAUCGCUAUGGAGACCGGGUACAUACCCCCAAACAUACAUUACAAAACACCUCGCAAGGGUAUAAAAGCACUGGAAGACGGUCGCAUUCAAGUGAUCACGGAACCGACGCCAUGGGAGGGUGGACUCGUCGGGAUAAACUCAUUCGGAUUCGGAGGUGCCAACGCGCACGUUUUGCUGGAGUGGAAUUCGAAAGAGAAGACCGACGAUAACGAGCGGCUUGUCGGACUGCCGAGACUCGUGGUCCUGUCAGGCCGAACCGAGGAAGCUGUUACGAUUUUGUUGGACGAUCUCGAGAGCAGACCGCUCGAUGUCGAAUACGUCGGCCUUUUUCACAAUAUACACUCCGAAGAGAUCGAAGGGCAUUUCUAUCGUGGGUAUACAAUUUUUCCACCUCGGGAAACACCGAUGAAGAACAUCCGCCACGUGCAGCACUUCUCGGGUUCGAAGCGAUCGGUAUGUUUUGUGUUCUCUGGAUUGGGAUCGCAAUGGCCCGGAAUGGGUAAAGCUUUGCUCAGAAUUCCUGUUUUCGCGAAGACAAUCAAAGAAUGCGACGCUACUCUGAGGCCGUAUGGUGUCGACGUCUUAGGCAUUCUGACGGCUGAAGAUCCCAAGCUAUUAGAAAAUAUCAUGAACACUUUCAUCGGUAUCACGGCUAUGCAGAUUGGUUUGAUAGAUGUGCUGGCAUCUCUGGGCAUUGUUCCAGAUAAUGUUAUUGGGCAUUCGAUAGGAGAAUUGGGCUGUGCGUACGCUGUCGGUGAUCUCACUGCAAAACAGACGAUCUUGAUAGCGUAUUUCCAAGGGUUGGCAUCCAUCCAAGUUCAAACAAUACGAGGUUCUAUGGCAACCGUCGAAUGUAGUAGCACAGAUUUGAAAAUACUAUGUCCAAGCGAUAUCGAAAUCGCCUGUUACAAUGGUCCCCGAACGUCAACAAUCAGUGGACCUGCCGACUCCUUGAAAAAGGUCAUUUCAAAGUUGCAGGAGAUGAAAAUUCCAGUCAAAAUGAUUGCCUGUGCCAACAUCGCCUAUCACACCCGUCACAUGACUACACUGGGCAAGACUUUGUACCCGCAUUUGGGAAAAAUCAUUCGCAAUCCAAAGCCUCGUAGCCAAAAAUGGCUCAGCACUUCUGUGCCUCAGUCGAAUUGGACUUCCGGUACGGCGAAAUUAUGCUCCGCCGAAUACUUCGUCAAUAACUUGAUCAGCCCGGUUUUAUUCGAGCAAGCAUGUUACCUGAUACCCGCCAAUGCGAUAACCAUCGAAGUCGCACCCCAUGGAAUUCUACAAUCCGUGUUGAAGACCUCAUUGAGCAAGAGUAGCAUCAACAUUGAUCUGAUGGAUCGUAAUCACCGGGAUCACGUUACCGGGUUACUUCAAAGUAUUGGAAAAAUGUACGAAGCUGGUCUGCAUCCAAAAUUGACCAAUUUGUACGACGACGUCCAAUACCCAGUGAGUCGAGAGACUCCGAUGAUAUCCCCACUGCUCAGAUGGAAUCAUUCGGAGAGUUGGCAAGUGAUAAGUUAUAGGACGAUGCAGAAAAUUGAAACCGGAGAAAGAAUUGUAAAAAUAUCAGUUGAAAACGAAUCGUUCGAAUGGAUCUCGGGGCAUGUUGUUGAUGGAAGGAACUUGGUGCCCGCCACAGGAUAUUUAGAUUUGAUUUGGGAAACCCUAGGAAUGAUGCAAGGAGAAAUAUACACAGAACUCUCAGUCAUGUUUGAGGAUGUCAGGUUUCAUCGAGCGGCGACAGUACCGAAGACGGGAAAAGUCAUUUUGACCAUCAUGGUUCAUAAGGGAUCAGGCAGAUUUGAAGUUAAUGAAGGUGGAACUGCCAUCGUUACUGGAUUCGCACAAAUAGUUUCGAACCCAGCAAAAGAAUGCAUUGCUGAUGAAAUGUUGGGCGAUGGUCAUGAGGAACUAGGAAUGACAUCAAGGGAUGUUUACAAGGAGUUACGCCUCAGAGGAUAUCAAUACACAGGACUGUUUCGAGCAAUUCAAGGAGCAUCGGUUGACGGAACGAGGGGGCGCAUAGCCUGGGAGAAGAAGUGGGCACCUUUUAUGGAUAAUAUGUUACAAAUGAAGAUACUUGGGAUCGAUACGCGAGGAUUGUUCGUCCCAACUGGUAUUCAGAAGCUUGUGAUAGACACAGAAAAGCAUUCGAGGUAUCUCCGCACCAUGACCGAGGGUAUGAAAGUCAUUCCUGUGGAAGUUCAUACGGACUUGGACGUCAUCAAGGCUGGUGGAGUAGAGAUUCGCGGGUUGAAGGCCAGCGCUAUACCUCGUAAGAAGCCAACCAGUGAGCCGGUUCUGGAAGAUUUUAAGUUCGUAACACACAGAGAUCGAAAUGAGAUUGAUCUGCGGGUGGCUAUUCGGAUUGCUAUGCAUCUUGCACUUGAGAACCAUCUAGGCGUAACAAUAAAAACGAUCGAAUUAUUACAUGAUAACGACAAAAUGUCCACCGAACGCCUGAUGUCACCGACAAUUCAGCAAAUUUUGGCUAAUUUACCGCUGCUGCAAGCAGACAUUAAAAUUUUUGCGAAUGCUAACGAGUUGUCACGUCAAGACUUGCCGGCCACCAUUCAUGUCUCUGAUUUGAAUAAAUUGGCCGGAGAAUCAGAUGCUCUGUUGGGAGUUGGUAACGGACUGCUUUCGAGCAAAAAUCAUGCAGCACUGAAGCAAUUACUAACAACGAUUAUGGACAGGGGUUUCGUAAUUCUUCGAGAACCCAUAGGGGCCUCUGGAGAUAUUUGGUCAUCUAUGAAGAGCGAAUGCCUCGAUAUUGUGAUGGAAAAACGGACGAAAGAAGAAUUGGUUCUAUUACUUCGUAAACAAGAACGGUCACCCAGACGUAUUGCUAAUAUCGUCAAAGUGAGCAAUAACGAAUUCACAUGGGUCUCUACUUUGCAAGCUCUUCUAAAGGCAGAGUGUGGUAAAGAGUCUCGCCAUCGCGAUCGCAUACUACUCGUGAGCGAGGGGGAUCUUGAGAGUGGGCUUAUGGGUCUGGUGAACUGUCUCCGAAGGGAACCGGGUGGCGACACGAUACAAGCGUUACUGAUCCAAGACUUGCAAGCUCCCAAAUUUUCUCUGGAAAAUCCAUUUUAUACCAACCAAUUGGAUUUGGGCUUGGCACUGAACGUUCUUCGUCCCGGAAAACGGUGGGGUUCCUAUCGGUUUUUCGCAAUGAACGCUUUGCCGGUGCGACCGGUUCAUCACGCCCGAAUAAAUCAACAGACACGUGGAGACCUGAACUCACUCAAGUGGGUGGAGGGCAUAAUCCAGCCAGAGUCGAAGUCGAGAGACAUCGUCAAAAUAUAUUAUUCGUCGAUCAACUUCCGCGACGUCAUGUUGGGAACGGGAAAGCUCGCUGUCGAAGUAGCCGCGAAGACCAGACAGGCGCAGGAAAGCGUGAUCGGAUUCGAAUACUCCGGUAUAGAUGCAGACGGUCGUGCGGUUAUGGGGAUGAUUGAAACCGGAGCAAUGGCCAACUUAUGCGUCUGCGACAGGGAGCUCCUGUGGACGGUACCUGACGGAUGGUCUUUGGAAGAUGCCGCAACUGUUCCGGCGGUAUAUGGGACAGCCUACUACGCGCUUGUAAUGAGCGGAAAAAUGAAAAAAGGGGAUAAAGUUUUGAUUCACGCGGGAAGCGGUGGCGUUGGUCAAGCAGCUAUCAGGUUGGCACUUCACGUAGGUUGCGAAGUGUUUACAACCGUCGGAACGCCGGAGAAACGUGCGUUUAUCAGAAGCCAAUUUCCACAAAUCAGCGACGAUCACAUAGGGAAUUCUCGAGAUUCAAGCUUUGAGCAAUUGAUUCUCCAAAAAACAGAUGGCCGAGGGGUGGAUAUCGUAUUGAAUUCUCUCGCCGAAGAAAAGCUGCAGGCUUCGGUCCGUUGCCUGACGACAGGAGGACGAUUUCUGGAGAUUGGGAAAUUCGAUCUCGCGGCCAACAAUCCUCUUGGAAUGGAGGCGUUUGUUAAGGGAAUUAGCUUUCACGGAAUACUCUUAGACAAUCUAUUCACCGGUCGCGCCGAAAGUAGAAGCAAACUAUCCGCAAUGCUUGCCGAAGGAAUUAGGAACGGUGCAGUUAAACCAUUAGUCAGGACGGUAUUUCCGAUGGAUCAGGCUGAGGCAGCGUUUCGAUACAUGGCAGCUGGGAAACAUAUCGGCAAGGUCAUCGUGAAAAUUCGAGAUGAAGAUGAACCCGCAUUGUCUCCUGCUAGGCCGCUUGCACUGCCUCGAUUUUACUGUUCAGAGGAGGGCAGCCACCUCAUACUCGGUGGCUUAGGGGGUUUCGGUCUCGAACUCGCCGAUUGGCUCGUGCUUCGCGGGGCUAAAAAACUGGUUUUCACAUCCCGCAAAGGAAUCAGUAACGGGUACCAACAAAUGCGUAUCAACAUCUGGAGGGGUUACGGUGUGAAGGUUUCCGUCGUUUCCGGUCAAGACCCCUCAACGCGCGAAGGCUGCGAAGCAAUAUUGAAAGAAGCCAUCGCACUCGGCCCAGUGGAAGCGAUUUUCAAUUUAGCUGUUGUGCUGAAGGACAACUUCUUCGAGAACCAAACGGUCGAGGCCUUUGAAGAAUCUUUCGGGGUCAAAGCUCGUGCCACGAAGCAUCUCGACAAGUUAUCGAGAACGCUGUGUCCGCAUCUUAGGCAGUUCGUGGUAUUUUCCUCAGUUUCUUGCGGCAGAGGUAACGCAGGCCAAACAAAUUACGGAAUGUCCAACUCCGUAAUGGAGAAAAUAUGCGAGGCUCGAGUGGCAGAUAAACUGCCGGGCCUAGCGGUCCAAUGGGGAGCAAUCGGCGAUGUAGGUCUAGUCGCAGAAAUGCAAGAGGACCACCAAGAGAUCGUCAUCGGUGGAACCCUCACACAGCCGAUAAUAUCUUGCUUGCAAGAACUCGAUGGUUUUCUGCAACAGAAAUCACCUGUCGUGUCCAGUAUGGUCGUCGCUGAAAAAGUUGUUGGCGGCGCCGGAGCUCUGAAUAUCGUCGAUACCGUCCUCAACAUAAUGGGACUCAAGAACCUCACUACGAUCAGCGCACAUUCACCUCUAGCGGAACUCGGAAUGGACUCAAUGAUGGCAGUUGAAAUUAAACAAACCUUGGAACGGGAAUUUGACGUGUUUUUAACUCCGCAAGAUAUUCGAACUCUCAACUUCCAAAAGCUAGAUGAACUUUCGACGAAAAAUUCCAACGACGCAAUUUCGGAGAGUGUCACGAAUGGGGAUAAAGAAUGGGAUGGCAUGAAAUUACUUGAUGGAACUAUGGGAACAGCCUUAGAUACUUACGACGCUUGCAUGCCAUUGAAAACACCCGCGGAGGGUGGAAGAACAGAAGUUUUUAUGAUCCCUGGAAUCGAAGCAUAUCACACCGUAUUCGAUCCUUUGGUCGGCAAACUGAAAUCACCGACAACCUGCUUACAGCUUGGGUUAUCGGCGGAACAUCAAUCGUCGGUUUCAGACAUGGCGGAGUAUUUCAUAUCUCAUAUUAAUUCAAGGAAUGAGGAUCACAAGAACUUCGUCAUUGUCGGAUAUUCCUUCGGAAGUCUGAUAGCUGUAGAACUUGCAAGACGGUUUGAGUCUGAAGGACGUAGCGGCCGUCUGGUAUUAAUCGAUGGUUCGCCUGAUUUGGUGAAGUCAUUAGCUGCUCAAAAUUUCAAUGAAACUUCGGAUGAAGAGUUUCAAACUCAAGUCAUACUGGAGUUUACCAAUCAUAUUGCACCCACAGCUGCUAAAAAGGUUUUUGCGGAAUUACAGAAUCGUUAUACGUGGGAGGAGAGGGUGGAAACCUUUUUGAACGGAUUAUCUGCUCAUAUGAGCAGUAAAUUAACACCCGAAUUUCUAAGACUGAUGUGUUUAUGCCUUUAUAAUCGACUCAGAGCUAUCGGAAAAUACAAACCAUCUGCAUUUCCACCCCUCAAAGCACCGAUCAUCCUAAUAAAACCUAAACGUGCGACUGUACGUUCGAUUUCAGAAGACUAUGGUUUGGGCUCGCUCACCCAAGGAAAUAUAAGAAUUCGGUAUGCUGAUGGCAACCACCUCACAGUGUUGAAUGACGAAAUUUGUGCAGCAGCGAUUAACGGAGAGCUCGAAGAAGAUGACAUCAUACGUGAUCCAAGUAAACCAUGAUGGCCCGUGCCACCUUCAUCUUGAUCGAAGACCUAACCUCCGGAUUGAUUCAACUCUUGUUAAUUGGAAUCAUAGAAGGAGAUGAUGUAUUUUAUGUUUAGUCAUUCGAUGACGUUUCACGUACUAUUCUUACUAUGCAUUAAGUUGACAAUACAUCCAUGGUUAAACUUUUACUUAUUACUUACCUCAUACUCUAAAAACAUAGGCUAGGAUAUCGGAACGUUAUAAUCAAUCGCUGUAUGUAGACGUCAUCUUCGUUCGUUUCUUAAAUAAACCGCAAUGAUUGUGA